CAGGCAAGCCCCUCCUUUGAUUUCUUUAAACCUUAUGCCGGAUGACCGAAUCUGUAUCAAAGAAUCCACUGCUCUUUGAGCGCCGCAUACAUUAUCCCCCAUUAUCGCCGUCACCACGACCGGGCAACACGACACCAAUAAACAUCCAAGACACCUCGACGCGACCUCGACAAGCGAUCACGACAGCAACAGCGACUCGACACGAUGGACGGCACCCUCGAAAUCCUCGAUGUCAAGGAACGCGCUGUGGGUGAGGUCAAGCCUCCCUCGUUCCCAACUCCGCCGUCCGCUUCCUCUGGAGGCUUCCCAGCUCCCAAGAAACGAGUCUCGGCCUUCAAGAAGCAACGACAACAGCAAGCAGACCCAUCGUCUUCGUCGUCCCAAGCGACCUCAUCAACACCAUCACCAUCCAUCAAGUUCACCAGUGGCGCAAAGCCCCAGAUCGAUGCAGACCCUAUCAAAUCCGAGAAGCAAAGGAUUGACGAGGAGAACAACAAGCUACUGAGCUCCAUGUCGCCAGAAGAGAUUGCCGAAGCCCAACGAGAGCUGUUCAACGGCCUCGACCCCAGGCUUAUCCAGAUGCUUCUCCGGCGAGCAAAUGUCGAGGACGGCUCCAACAACAACGACCCCAAAGUCUGGGACAUUCCCGAGAAACCGGCCGAAGAGCCAACCGAAAAGAAAGCAGACGAUAGCGGCCCCAGAAUCUCCUACAAGAAGCCACCUUCGAUCAAGACCUCAACCUCGAAAAGCGCAUACGUAGAAGACGAACAAGAGGAGGAAACAAAAGAGACGGAACAACCAAAGAAACCCAAAAAGACCGUCACCUUCAACGAGGACCUCGCCCCCGAACAACCUCCCCCCGGCAGCUUCCCCAUCCGAACCAAGCAGCCGCCCACGCCCUACCCUCAAAAGACCUGCUUCUCCGCCGAAGACCUCGCCACGCCGACCUUUCCCACCGCCGGCUCCUCCUCCGAACCACAAACUCCCACAACCCCAUGCAGCGACCCAUCCCACAACCACAGCGACGAAGAGCUCAAGGGCGUGCACUUCCCCGCCGCCCCCGCCCCUCCCGACCUCGACCCUUCGGACCCCGACUUCCUCUCCACCCUGCACCAGAAAUUCUUCCCCUCGCUUCCCGCCGACCCCUCCAAACUCGCCUGGAUGGCGCCCCUCCCCACCGAAGACUCGCCCGCCGACCAGGAAUCCCCUUACUACCCCGGCCAAUCCUCUCUCCCCGUCUCCGCCCUCCGCUUCGACUUUAAAGGUAGCCUGAUCCCGCCCCGCCUGUCGCGCCAGAUCCCGGUGUCAAAGGGACUGCAUCACCACGGCGAGGCGCCCGAGGCAGCGGGUUACACGAUCCCCGAGUUGGCCAGGCUGGCGAGGAGUAGUGUUAAUAGCCAAAGGUGCAUUGCGUUUAGGACGCUGGGGAGGAUGUUGUAUCGUCUUGGAAAGGGGGAGUGGGGCACGGGAGCGGGAGGGAGGGAUGGUGAGGGGGAUGAUUUGGCGUUUGCGCUGUGGAGGUGUUUCCAGGAGGGAAGGGUGUUGGAGAGUAUUGGGGAGGCGGCGGGGGUGGAGGAGGGGGUGGGGAGUGUGAGUGUGAGGGCGUAUGCUAUUGAGGCGAUGUGGUUGUUUGAGAAGGGGGGGUGGAAGGAGAAGUGGAGGGGGCUUUGAGUUUGGUGAGUGAGGUUGUGUGGGAUGGGAAUAAGAGAUGGGGGACCUUGAGGGAGAAAAGGCAAGAAAAUAACUGUGGGAAUCAAACAUGGAAAAUAAAGGUUUCAUUCUUGGUGCUUCUAAAUAGGAACGGCAUGGGAUGGGCACUGGCUGGCCAGGACAGGACAGGAUUGAUGGAUGGGGCGGAUCACUGAUUUUCUGGUGGUGUUGGUUUCGCACACUGGUGUCUAAUUGCAAGUUCAUAUAUCAUGACAUAUGGAAAGAAACAAGUUUCCUUUGAGUGUAUAUCCGAGGUGUACUCAACAGUUGACCUCACGUAUAUCUGUCAUUCCACGAUCUUGGACGAUAUAACGAUCGAAACACAUCCUCGCUGAAAGCAC